UCAGUGGAUAAAACAUAUGCUAAAUUUUAAACAUCUUCGCGUAUCGCGAUUUUAAUAUCGCAUCUGUUCCAUUUAUCGCGAGUUCGAUAUUGUUUUUAUUUAUCCGGGCUCUUCCUAAAUUUUCGUGAUGUUCGGAAUAUCGUUGUUCCGAAAAUCGGUGCGUCCGGUGAGUAUUUAAAAUUCAUCGCUCGCGCAAAUACGAAUUUGGAAGCUCGACCCACUAGGUGAUUUUUAUCCCGGGCAAACUAAUUUAAUGGCGUCUUAAGUAUCGUAUUUUGAUUGUGUUUUGAUCUGUUCUAUUUAUAUCACACCCAAACUCUAAUUCUAAUACCAGUAUUCUUUGAGAAAGAAGAAAAGACCAAAUAGAAAAUAUCUGAAAUCCUUCCACCGUUUAGCAUUUUUUGACCACCGCAUGGAACUCUUCCACGCGUCUCUCUCUCCUCCUUAUAUUGACCACGUCAUCUGCGGGACUCCAUUAUCUGGUGCCGUGUGGACGAAACAGCGGUUCGGCCACUCCCGUCCGUCAAAAUCAAGUGGCGCUACUAGCUUGUCGUCGUCGUCGCUGGCCAUAUCCAUUCUCUUCUCGACGGACUCCAUUAUCCGGCCACCUCUCCGCAUCGCACAUAUUUUCUAUCCCCUGCAGUUCUGCGCUCAGAGCUUGCAGACGCCCGGCCGCCGCUCCAAGUCGUCGUUCCAGCCAACCUCGCCGGAGCUCCUCCCUCUGCUAUUCUCAUGUGCCCAGGAAGAAAAAUCUCGCGGCUCUAUCCUUCCAGCCGUCUUCUUCCCUUAUCCCCGCCGCCGCUCUGCUCAAGAUUUUUCUCACCGCCGUUGCCUCGUUCCCAUCCGCUCGGCCACCCUGAAUAAAAAUCCCAUCGCGGUGUCUAUCUUCUGCUCUUAGUCGAGUGCCUCUGCCCUGCUCCCUACCGAGCCCCCAUGGCGCGGUCGCCUCUCCCUGGUGCCUCGCCCAGCCUCUGCUCCUCUUCUCCCCGGCGCCUGGUCGGAUGUGGAUCCUCUGCUCGAAGCUCCCAGCGCCGGAUUCCCUGCAAGCUUCGGCUUCCUGCGCGCCCAGCCUCUCCACUUCUCCAGCGCCCAGCCCCAACUCCCAGCCGAGCUCGGCCGCCCGGCCCCCAACGCCGCUCUCUUCCCCAGCGCCCCUCCCCUCUGUUCGCUUGUCGCCAUGUCCGCCGUAGCUCAGCUCGACCGCUCGGCUUCCCCUAGCCUCUUCCCCUGCGAGCUCGACUCCUGCUCGCCCAUGGAGUUCGCCCAGCUCCCUGCUCCGGUGACUAGCGCUCGGCGUCCUGCUCUCUAUGCCCUGCUCGUCCCUGCGCACGCGCCGCGGUUUCCUCCGAGCUCCCUCGCCGUGGAUUCUUUCUGCGCGUCCUCUCCGGCGCUGCGGUGCCCCAGCUUGGCCUCUGCCCAUUCCUCAGCCGCACCCUGCUCCAGUCGCUCACCCAUCGGACGCUACACGCUCGCCUCUGCUCGUUCCGUGGGUGCGCACUGCCUUCUCUGUCCAUGGUGCGCCCUCACCUCUACUUCUCUGCUGGCCGGCGUUUUUCCAGCCGUGGAUCUCCUUGUGUGCCGCGUCCGGCUCCCUGACGUGCCGCGGUGCCCGUCGCCCUGCGCGCGCUCUGUUUCCUCGCGCGGCUUCGUGCUCGCCUGGCCGUUGUCUUGGAUGCGCAGGAGUAGUGUAGGUGCUUGCAGUCGGUGGAUCCUCGAUAUCGAGCUGGGAUUAGAGAAGACAGUACUGUUCCGUGCGUCGCUUAUCCGAUGCUCGACGGAAUGUCCAACUGGGAGGUGAUAGCUUCGUGUGUCGGCGAGCCGUCGUUUUCCUCGUUCAGUGUUUGCGCGGGCUUGCCUGAACCGUGCUGCUAUCUCCCGACCGUUGGCCCUUGCCCACUGCACGGGCUUGUCGUGCUAGUCAACCCCGCCUCGAUCCUCGUCGUCGAUACUGCGCUUGCUGGUGGCCAAAGCUCGCGCUAACCUGCUCGAUCACACCUCGUCAGCUCGCUUCAUACUCAAUCUCGUCGUCGCGUCGUGUGUGCAUCACUCGCCAGCCAUAUGUGAUCAAAGACGUCAACCGGGAACCAUCCUCGUGCUUGCAACUAUCGCGUCGAAUUAGUCAGGGUAAGUUGAUUCGUAUUCCCGUUAACUAGGUCUAUAAAUAGAUUAAAUAGAAUUGUUGGUCACAGUAAAUAUUAUGAAUUUAGCAUGCGUAUAUUGUGAUGAUCGAUUUAGAUAGCUCGCUAAAUCAAGUAAUUAAGUUACACAGUUUAGAGAGUUAAUAAAAAGCUAGGAAUAAAAAUAGA